AUGUCUUCCAUAGUGGGUGCUCGACAUCAAUUGUCUCAUAUACACCGCCUGCAACCGCAGUGUCAAUAUGAGCGUCUGAUAAGAAGAGGACUCCCGAGAAGAGGCUAUGCGACGGACGUCCCGAAGCAGCCACAAGCUGAGAGGUUUUCUGAGCCGUCGCGACCGGCUCAAUACUACGCUAGGCCUAACGCACCACAGAGGGACCUUCCAUCGAUAAAGAGCAGAUGGCCUUUGGUCCUCGUAGCAAGCGCGCUGGGCGUGACAGCUUGGGCCGCGUUCUACCUUUACGCAACCAACCAAGAAAAGCUCUCUAGCUCCGUCAUGAAGCAGAUAAUGAAUAUGGUGAAGGAUGAUCCUGAGCUGCGCGAGGUGCUGGGCGAGGCGAUACGACCCGAACCCAAGUGGUACUUGAACGGUGAUCCGUGGAUCGAAGGCGUGAUAAACGUUCUUCAGGGGCACUGUGAUGUUAGCUUCCGGUUAAAGGGUCACAAAGGUGCCGGCACGCUCUAUUUUACGAGCGUUCGGAAAGCCAAGGGGGAACCCUUUACCAUCUUACGAUUCAAAAUUAUCGCCGACGAUGGAACGGUGAUCCACAUUCCCGUGAAGGAGGUACGAACCAAAUGAACUCUCAUACCUGAGCCAGGCAUCAUUGUACUAUAAUAUCUCGACAAGAGAAUAAUCACUGUAUAGUAAUUUGCGACCAAACGGGCAAUAACAUCAUAGCAUCUCAGCUCAACGGCUACCAGUAUGAAUGAAGGGGGGCGGUGAUCGUGGUACAUCAGACAUGGUAUUCACUUGCGUGCCGACAAACUUAUCGUCCAACCCCGGC